AUGGAGCACACUCAGCGUAGAAGCUUUCACGGAUGCAUGACCUGCCGGAAACGCAAAGUCCGCUGCAAAGGAGGCAACCCGUGCCAAAACUGCAUCAAGCUAAAGGCAACAUGCGUCUCUUCGUUUGAUAGCAAUCUCCGAAUGUCACUGGGGAAUCCCCGGAGCAGCCAGAAACGCGACCUUCCAAGCACGCCUCGCCAGCAGCCAUCGCCGCCCAGCGUGAAAGCAGAUGCCUCUGGAGAAGCCAGUGACAGUCAGCAGCAGCAGCAUAACCCACCCGAUUUGGGUCACUCGCUUCCCUCGGCUACGUUGAAUUAUAUGGAUUUGGACAGUAAAUGGCCAACAGGAUCAAAUUCCCGCUCAGAAAAUUCACUGCCUCAACCCAACCUUCACUCUAUCAGCUAUGGGCUAGGCUUCGACAGCGGCCAGCCGUCCGAUGGUGACCUCGUUGGACUUGGUGGCUUUCACAUCUCAGAGAUAUCGGAUUUUGACUUCUCUUUUGAUCCCAUCUUUGACAGAGACAUAGAUUUCCCUAGUUGGUCAGAUGCGGCACUCACUGUGGAUAUCUUGGACCCUCCAGCUAUUACUAAGGAAAGCGAUGAUUCAGCGUCAUACCGCAACAAACGCUACAGAAGAAGCAGUUCACCAAUAGAUGCAGCUGAGACUCCUCCGCCAAACACGAACCAAGAGGCUGCUUACCUAGCUCAUUUUGAGCGCUGGAUCACCAGAUCUGGCUAUUCUCUCAAGGAAGAUGGCAAAGGAAACUAUCUGAGAUAUGUUCUCGACUACAUUCAGAGCGAGCACUGCAGCAGUGAAUCUCCUUUCCGAUAUGCAGUCUUGGCCUGGACAGCCAAGCAUUUGGCCAAAAUCUCCGUAUCGCACGACAAAACUUGGAAGUCCUACUAUGUUCGAGCAAUUGAUUCUCUCGGCCGCAUACCAUGCUGCGGCGACUCACGUAAAGCUUCAGAGACCAGGCCAACCCCAUCCAAUGGCCAAUCGGCUCUUUCAUCGAAAGCCGAAAUCACGAUAGCUUCUUUAUUGUUUCUUUGCAGGUGCGAUGUUCUAAACGGCAAUGCUACUCCAAUUCUUCGUCGCUUGGAUAGUUUCAAGGAGCACUUGACAUGCCACUUAAACGACGGUCCUCUCUCUGCCUUGGCAUGCAAGUUCCUCUUAUGGCUAUGCUACAUUGAUGUUCGCUUGAGAAUAUUCUCGACUCUGGCACCGCCAACCUAUGAUGGCAGAAACACUCCUAUAACCACACUGCUUGAUGCGCUGAUUCACCAUCCCAGCUACAACCAUAUCUUGUCACAUUCACAUUCUUACGCAUCCGAAACUUUUGGUCAGGCAUAUCCGCCCGAAGAGCUAGUACAAGAUGCGAAGAAGAUACCUAUUUCAGUACGAACUCACGAAACGUUCUGCCUCAUCUCCAAUAUGCUCCAAUACCGAUCGUGGAAAUAUCUGGCAGAGCAAAAGGCCGAUUUCCCUGUACAUCGGGAGCUAGCAGAAGCUAAAGAAGCAGCUAUAAAUCUCGAUAUAAGACGGAUGGAUACAGAAUUCGACCUUGCAAGAGCAACCAAUCCUGCUGCAAAUUCUUUAUGCGGCGUUAUUACGAGUGUUGGGCAUAACACCAUUGAGAGCAAUCGCGCCAGCCAUGCAGCCAAAGGUAUCGCGAAUUACGACUCGCUUCCACUCGCCGCAUCAUCUUCAACUACCGGCCAUGGUGUUACUUCCAAUGAUCGAGCCUCAUUACAAUGGCUGUCUUGCUACGCAGCAUUUUUGGCCGCCAAAGUGUUAUGGUCGCGAUUUCUAUACCCCACUAUCCGUAGCGAUUCGACUGCCGCGAUGGCAACGAGCAGGAUACUCAAGAUUGCUCUGCGGCUGCGGGAGAUCCAUCGUAAAGGCAUAUUGGCUUCUUCAAUUAAAAUACCUCGAGCGAUGCUAUGGCCUCUGCCUGUCUUCAUUGCGGGGAUAGAGACUACUGAUGAGAUAUACGCGGACUGGAUAUCGGAGUUUAUAGACGAGAUGGAUUCAUCGACGAAUAACGCGGCGAAAUGCCGAGGUUGCAAUCAUGGAGAACACACAGGCGCUUCGACAGAAGACAAGACGGGCGAUUUAAUCGACCAGAAGCUAAUAUUAUUGCUCAUGAAGCGGGUUCGAGAUAAGCAAGAUCUUUUGGGUUGUCGUGUGGAUGUUCAGGAAGUUAUGAGCGAGAUUAAAGGUGCUGAUGAUAUAUUUUUACUAUAG